GGUGGCUCAACCAGAUCUGGCAUCCGCCCUUUGAGUUGAGGAACAACGCGCCGAUGUACGCGUGCUUGGUGACAAACAGAAUCCAAAGUUGCGUCGUAAAGCCCUCCCACCAGAGGACCGGGUCUUGAUGCGUAUAAUCAUCGAACUUCUCAAUUUGGAAUGUCGGCAUCUUGUAAUGCUGCGUGGUGUUGCCAUCCUUGUUAGGCAGCUGCAGUUGCUGAACCUCAGUCCUCAAGGUGUCCAGCUGGUUGCUGAUGGUGGCUGGUGCAGCGAACGUAUUGAUGUCGCCGAGCAUUGCGACUACGUGGUCAACUCGUUCCUCCAACUGGCGGGUAGAGGGUGCACUGCUGGUCUCGCCAGCAUUUGGUCUUGGUGCAGCUUGCUCCAAGUCCUGUACACGGGAAUGAAGUGCCCGUGUAGCAUCCUCGUGCUGAUCCUUGUGGUUCUGCAUUGCCCGUUAGAGAAUCGCCAGCUCGGACUGCAGGUGGUUACAAGUGUAAACCAACCGAGUCACGAGUUUGGCCAUGAAUUCCUUAUACUGCUCCUCCGGUGUCGCGUCGUCGUGCGCCUCGGAUGGUUCAAAGUGCCAGAACUUGAGCUUUUCGAUGCUGGUGGCUUCAUGCCGCUGUUGCAGAUCCUGGGCCUCCUUGCGGCGUGCCUGGGUAUCUGCGUCUGCUUCGACCUGAAGCCGCUGCUUCUCAGCUGACUGGAUCUCACGGAAUACAGGAUCUUCAGGCAUCCUGAGGUUCAGAGGGCGGUGGAGUUUGCCAAGGCUGCCCAUGCAGGUCAAGUGAGAAAAACGGGGGAUGCAUACAUAACGCACUGCAUACACACUGGAUGUAUCUUGGCAGCGCUUGUGCCUACUGAAGGAGAAAGGUCCUUUCAUCACAUUGCGGAUCCUUGGCUGUACAUACAUUGGCCAGCUGGGCAUGUAUCAGGUACAGAGUGGAAGAAGAAGGAGGAGGAGGAGGAGGAGGAGGAGGAGAAGAAGAAGAAGAAGAAGAGGAGGAGGAGGAAGAAGAAGAAGCUACUGAGGGAGGCUCAGGUCGCUGAUAGGAUCAUGCAUAAAGAGGUCAUUGCAUUGUGACUGAUAAUCAUCAUCUAUGGGCGUGCGUCACCAUGUGGCUCCUCUGCAAGAUGCUCUUCGCCUUGAGCAUCACAGA